UUCCCUGGAAAAAACUGGAGGGGGGAGGAGCCAGAGAUCGUAAGCUAGAAUUCAAGGCGAGUCAAAAAAUUGUCUACAGACUCAACUCUGUCUCCCCAUUUCUCGAUCUUCUCACAUCGAUUAAGAAACUCGGUGACGGGGAGAUAUCAAGUUUCAGUUGAGCAGCAAUUUAGGCGGAGAUCGGGUUUUCCGGCGGCAGGGAUCUGGAUUUCAUGUCUUAGGUAGUGGAUGUGAUCAAGGAAGGGGAGGAAACGAACUGGUGAAAUUUUGGUUAGUAUCUCUUAGAAGCAAAAUUUGGGAUUCCAAUGGCUAAUUCACGGCAGCCCUCGGUCAGGUAUCCGGGUCCUAUGACUCCUAUCUCUCCUUCAGAAGCAGAUAGAGCAUCACCUCAACCGGAUAGAAGUCCGCCUCCUCAUUCUCCUUCCUUAGCAACAUUGGCCACACCUCCUAGGUUUCCUAUGCCGAGUUUCAGACAAGAUCAGAUCCCUUCCCCUUCGAUGAAAACACCGGCUAUGAUGUUGCCUGAUAAUGGUGUCAGAACAGGAAGUCCCCUUCCUCAUCUGAGUACUCCGCCUGGCCCUCCAGUCUUCAACACACCAGUCAGACCAGCUGCUGUUCCUUUCCGUACCUCCCCGGCCACUCCUCAGCCGGUGGCAUACUCAUCUGCCGUAUCUUCUUCUUUGCCUACAUCUUCACCUUCCAAUUAUUCAAACGGUUCAGCCGGAAUGCAGAAUGAGUUUGCAGACGUUAUUCACAUGGAAGAACCAAUGGCUGCAGAAUCACCUUAUGUUUUGUUUUCGGCUCAAAAGGUUUUGAAACAGAAGAAGCUGGCAAAUGUCCCUAGCUUAGGGUUUGGAGCCAUAGUUUCUGCAGGGAGGGAGAUCGGUCCUGGUCCACAGAUCAUCCAACGUGAUCCUCAUCGCUGUCAAAACUGUGGAGCAUAUUCAAAUCCCUAUUGCUCCAUAUUAAUCGGUUCAGGCCAGUGGCAGUGCAUCAUCUGCCAGAAUCUUAAUGGAAGCAAAGGUGAAUAUGUGGCUUCCAGCACGGAGGAAUUGCGAAACUUGCCAGAGCUUUCGUUGCCUCUGGUCGAUUAUGUUCAGACAGGAAACAGAAGACCUGGUUUUGUUCCUGCUACUGAUUCUCGGAUGUCUGCACCCGUCGUUCUAGUUAUUGACGAGUGUUUAGAUGAACCCCACCUCCAGCACUUGCAGAGCUCUUUGCAUGCAUUUGUAGAGUCGCUUCCGCAGACCACAAGACUCGGGAUUGUAUUGUAUGGCCGUACUGUUUCGGUAUAUGAUUUCUCUGAAGAAUCCAUGGCAUCUGCUGAUGUGCUCUCGGGUGCCCAAUCACCAUCUGAAGAGUCAUUGAAAUCUCUGAUUUACGGUACUGGUGUAUACUUGUCGCCAAUGCAUUCAUCGCUAAAGGUAGCUCAUGAGAUAUUCUCGUCCUUAAGACCAUAUAAGUUGGAUGUUCCGGAAGCAUCGAGAGAUAGGUGUCUGGGAACUGCUGUCGAGGUUGCUAUGGCCUUAAUUCAAGGGCCAUCGGCUGAAAUGUCUCGUGGAGUUGUCAGAAGAGCCGGAGGUAACAGUAGAAUCAUCGUAUGCGCUGGUGGACCAUGUACCUAUGGCCCGGGAUCAGUGCCCCAUUCCAUGUCUCAUCCAAAUUAUCCAUACAUGGAAAAGAAAGCCAUGAAAUGGAUGGAGAAUUUCGGGCGUGAGGCCCACAGACAUAAUACCGUAGUCGACAUUUUAUGCGCUGGAACUUGCCCGCUUAGGGUUCCUGUCCUGCAGCCGCUUGCAAAAGCUUCAGGUGGUGUUUUGGUUCUCCAUGAUGAUUUUGGCGAAGCCUUUGGUGUGAACUUGCAGAGAGCAGCAAUUAGGGCAGCGGGUUCUCUAGGUCGGCUGGAGGUACGAUGUUCGGACGAUAUUCUUAUAACCCAAGUAGUGGGACCUGGUGAAGAAGCUCAUCCAGAAACUCAUGAAACAUUCAAGAACGAUGCGGCACUCUGUAUUCAGAUGCUAAGUGUCGAGGAAACGCAAAGCUUCUCUCUCUUGAUGGAGAAUAAGAGGGACCUCAAAAGCGAUCACGUCUUUUUCCAGUUUGCUUUCCAUUAUUCGGAUGUUUAUCAAGCUGAUGUGACUAGGGUUAUUACCUUCAGACUACCCACCGUUGACAGUAUCUCAGCAUAUCUUCAGAGCGUUCAGGACGAAGUUUCUGCGGUUCUUAUCUCCAAGAGAACACUCUUACGAGCGAAAAACCAGAAGGAUGCAAUCGAUAUGCGAGCCACCAUAGACGAAAGAAUAAAAGACAUUGCUCUGAAAUUCGGGUCCCAAGUGCCAAAGUCGAAGCUUUUUCGAUUUCCUAAGGAACUCCCUUUACUUCCGGAACUCCUCUUCCACCUUAGGAGGGGGCCGUUACUAGGAAGCAUCAUUGGGCAUGAAGAUGAAAGAUCUGUGCUUCGGGAUCUGUUUCUGAACGCGUCUUUCGAUCUGUCCCUCCGUAUGGUGGCACCCCGUUGCUUGAUGCACCGAGAAGGAGGCACGUUCGAGGAGCUACCGACAUAUGAUCUCGCCAUGCAAUCCGAUAAGGCAGUUGUUCUGGACCAUGGGACAGAUGUGUUCAUUUGGUUGGGAGCCGAACUUUCGGCUGACGAAGGAAAGAGCGCUGCAGCUUUAGCAGCGUGCAGAACGCUGGCCGAAGAACUAACUGAAUUCCGGUUUCCAGCUCCUCGCAUCCUUGCAUUCAAGGAGGGAAGUUCCCCGGCUAGGUAUUUCGUAUGUCGGCUGAUACCAGCACAUAAAGAUCCUCCUUAUGAGCAGGAGGCGAGAUUUCCGCAGAUAAGAAGGUUGACGGGGGAGCAAAGGACAAAGCUAAAGAGCAGUUUUAUAAACUUUGAUGAUCCCAGCUUCUGCGAAUGGAUCCGCUCUUUGAAAGUGGUUCCUCCCGAACCCCCCAUUUAAUACAAAAAAAAAAAAACAGAGACCGUCACCACUCUCUGCCCUUUUAUUUUUUGUUUGGUACUGUCUCCCUCUUCCUCAUUGAUCCUACAUUUUGCCCUAACUCUCUCUGUAUCUGACAUUUUUUGUUUUCCUGAGCUGAUUCUGUUGUCUAAGAACACAAUAAGGUGGAUCUUUUGUGUACGAUUCUAAUUUCA